CAGUUGGAGACUUGGAGUAUACCGCUUGCUUUCGACUUUAUAGUUUUAUGGCACUUCGAACGCUCAUGACUUAAGUCCAUUACUACCAAAUUUUCCGCAACUAGGAUCUAAGGAAAACGAAUGUCAACAUAGUAAGCCCACUCGCAUUGCCACUCGGGAACCCUUGUUCAAUAGGCGGGCAAGCCAAAAGGCAAAGCACCCGCGGACUCACAACAGAUCUUUGAUGCCGUCUGCGCCGCCAGUGUCCUGUACAAUUCCGCCGGUGUGGAAUCACCGCGCCGUGGAAUCACCGGAAUCAGUGCUUGGCUUGCUGAGAGUCCCUUAUAUAAAAACUGUGUUUAACUGUGAUCUUGCCGAUUGUGACAAUCGUGGAAGAAAUCAUCCGGACAGCUUUCGUAACGUCUGAUUAUCCUGUAAUCCUAUCGAUUGAGAAUUACUGCUCCCUGGCACAGCAGCGUAAAGUGGCUGAGAUUUUCGAAAAAUCAACCAGUGCAUGUACAAUCCUUGUACGAUCGGCACUUGCCAGGAAGACAUGGUUGGAGGCUACACAUGUCUGUGUCCAAAGGGCUUUGAAUUCAUUAAUAACCGCUGUGAAGAUGUCAACGAGUGCGCUGAAUCACCCAAUCUCUGUUCCCCGGGAAUGUGCAUGAACAGCGUGGAAGCUAUCAGUGCCGCUGUCCGAAGGGUUUCCAAUAGAUGCCGGGAGGCUGUAUGGCAGUACGCCAGUGUCAACUGCCCGGUAUCUGUGGUGUGGGUGUCUCGGGGACGAGAUGCGUAGAUUUAAUGGAUGGGUCAUUCCAGUGCUACUGUCCUGUCGGGUAUCAAGCGGUGCGCGGAUCUGCUUGUGUUGGAAUGCGCGAUGAAUCCCUGUACUCCUGGAACGUGUAUGAACCGUCCGGGAUCAUAUAUCUGCAACUGCCCCAAAGGUUACCAGACAAUGAACGGGCGGUGUGUUGCGAUUGAUUGUGAAAAAGCGGGGUGUAGUCCCAAUUCGCGCUGCAUUUCUGCGCCGGAUAAACAGAUGACGCGCUGCGAGUGCGCACCGGGUUUCCGUGGUCAAGGCAACGCCGCAACGGUGCCUGCAUAGCCAUUAAUGUCUGCGAAAGCAGUACAAAUCUAUGUGGCGAAUCCGGAGAUAGCACUGCCAUGACUGACGGUUCUAACGACUGCCAGUGUCCAAGAGGUUGGCAGAAGAUUGGUUACCCUCCGAAGUGCGUGGACAUCGAUGAAUGUAUGCUGUACAGUCCCUGUCUGGUCGGAGACUGUUAACACCAAGGGAAGCUAUUCCUGCAUAUGCCCUAAAGGUUUUCUGUUUGAUUCCUCAGCGGAACACUUUGUUGAUCCACCAUGCUCACCUGGACGAUGUCAGAAUUUGGAAGGCUCAUACGAAUGCUCAUGUCCAUCCGUUACGAAAAUACACUGGGAGGCUGUAUCCCUAUCAAGCAGUGCGCGAUUACAAAUCCUACUCCUGGUCAGUGUCAAGAUGUGACUGCAUCCUAUAGCUGCAUUUGUCCCAAAGGCUGGAUGGUGCAAAAUGGGGCUUGUGUCGAGAUCAAUCAGUGCAUUCCUGUGAAUCCAUGUGGAAGAGGAACUUGCCGAAAAUCACCGGGAUCGUAUACUUGUGACUGUCUGGCUGGGUAUACAUUCGUCAAUGGCCAGUGCAUAGACGUUGAUGAGUGUGCGGCUCCAGCAAAUCCUUGUGUUACCGGGAACUGCGUUAACACCGAAGGCUCGUAUUCUUGUGUCUGUCCCAAAGGAUUCUUCUUGAAUCAGAAAUUUUGUGAAGACCGAAAUGAAUGCGUGGAAUUCCUGGGUGACCUUUGUCCAGAUGGUGGUACAUGCGUCAACACGCCGGAAAGUUAUCGAUGCACCAGUCCCCCUAAUUUUGACUGGAUCGAAGGAAAAUGUGCCAAUUUGAAUACUUGCGAAUACGUCGGAUGUGGAGCCCUAGCGCUUCCAUGUGCUAAUAGUAUUGAUGGACCAGUUUGCAGAUGUCCACCGGGAUACUAUGGCGAUGGAAGAAUGGCAUGCAAAGCUGUGUGUUCAGACGGGAUGGAAAAUGACCUUAUGAAAGAAAUAUGCGUGUCCUCCGGGCUUCCGCAACGCCGGAGGACCGACGAGACCGUGUGUGGACAUACUGGAAUGCAGGGACAAUCCGAAUCCAUGUGCACCUGGAAACUGUGUCGAAACGAGUGGCGAAUAGUUCUAACUGUUCGCCACUCGGUUUUCAAUAUCAACGAAUGCAUGACCGAGCCCAAUCUGUGCCUGAAUGGUCGCUGUAUUGACACCGUCGGGAGUUACACGUGUGAAUGCAACAAAGGUUACAAAGUCUCAUUCCAACCAAAUGGUCAAACGAUUUGUGUUGGUACGUGCUUCUAUAUGUCGUAA